AAAUGGCAAAAAUAGAAACAGAGGAUCACAGGGCAGCACUCUCUCAGUCUUCUUUAUUGCGCUUGACUAAAGCCAUGGAGGUAUCACAGCAAAGCAACCAUGAAGGUGCCUUCAGUGGGGAAAAGCCAAUGUACAAAUAUAUUUCAAGUGAUUUACCAAGGGAGUUUAUGUCAUCCCAGGCAAAAGCAGUUAUUAAAAUUCCUGAAGAUUAUUUGCAGCCUCAGUUUGGCCCCAAAAGACUUUUGCAUUCAGCAGCAGUAUCAGAAGGGUCAGGACUUGAAGACUGCUCCACACAUCAAACAGUAUCAGAUCAUAGCCAUGAUGAAAUAUCAGACCCAGAUAGCUACAAAUCAAACAGUAAAAACAAUUCUUGUUUCAUAUCAGCAUCCAAGAGAAACAGACCUGUCAGUGCUCCAGUGGGUCAACUGAGAGUUGCAGAGCUCUCUUCUUUAAAAUUUCAGUCAGCCCAGAAUUCACCUAGAGUGAUUAAAGUAACAGCUUACAAAAAUGGAUCUAGAACAGUCUUUGCCAAAGUUACCGUACCAACCAUCACCUUGUUGCUGGAGGAGUGCACGGGAAAGCUGAAUCUGAACAUGGCCGCCCGACGAGUGUUCUUGGCAGAUGGCACUGAAGUCCUCGAACCUGAAGACAUACCCCAUGAAGCCGACGUUUAUGUUUCAACAGGAGAGCCCUUUUCAGAUCCAUUCAAAAAAAUUAAAGACCAUCUGUUGUUAAUGAAAAAAGUAACUUGGACAAUGAAUGGGCUGAUGCUACCUACUGAUGUCAAAAGACAGAAAACUAAAUCUGUUCUUUCCAAGAGAAUGAAGAAACUUACUGAGAAGACCACAGUCCGAAUCCUGUUCUUUAAGAAUGGCAUGGGGCAAGAUGGGCAUGAGAUUACAGUGGGAAUGGAAACAAUAAAAGAGGUUUUAGAUACUUGCACAAUGAGAAUGAACCUAACUUCACCAGCCAGAUAUCUUUAUGAUUUGUAUGGCAGGAAAAUUAAAGAUAUUUCAAAAGGUAAGUGA